AUGGCGGACGCGCCGCAUCUCCUCAAGCGGGGUCCGGGCCGUCCCGUGUGGCUGCGGGUCCGCAAAUCCCGGCCCAAGCUUAUGCUCAGCCGCCGGGCCCGCCGCCGACUCGGCACCUCGCGCUGGUCCAGCCGGCGGCGCGGGCGGCGGCGACUGCUGCAGGCGGCGGCGGCCGACGCGGAGUGGCGGGAGAGCGCCUGCCCGGUGGCGGCCACCUGGCGACCCAAGAUCGCGAGCCCCCGUCCGGCUCCCAGCCCGACCCCGGCCCCGGCCCCCGCCCCGAGUUGCCCUGCGAGUGGCCACAUCGUGCCCUUGCGGCAUCUGGGCCCGGGCCGCGCGCUGCUGCUGCUGCGGGCGGAGCAGAGCUUUACUUUCAGCGGGGUCUGCCGUCUGACCUGCCUCUACGGCCAGGUGGAGGUGUUUGGCUUUACCCUGAGCCAAGGCCAGCCCGCCCGCGAGGUCUUUUCCGCCUGCACACACUCGUACCUGACCAUCAACGCGCUGCACUACUCCAUGCCGGAGAGGAGCCGGAAGGAGAUGAAGAAGGAGGCCCGUAUCGCCCUCAGAUCCCACCUCAGCCUGGAGGACAGAAGUUGGUCGAUGAAGAACUUUUCUCCCCUGUGCUCCUUUGUGCUGCUCGAGCGUCUGAAGAACUCCACUGUAAACUUCAUCAGCAACCACCUGGGCUUGCCUGACGUCUUCCUGCAAGAGAGUCCAACUUUGCAAAUCAAUGCCCAGUAUGUAGCCAUGAGGUCCGUCGGUAUCAAGAAAGAGAAAAGAAAGAAAGGCCUUCACUUAACCGAGAGCGCGCUUGCGGCCCUAGAAGAACUUGUCAACGCCUCUUGUGAGGAAAUAGAUGGCUGCCCCAUCAUCCUGGUUUGUGGGUCCCAGGACGUCGGAAAGUCAACCUUCAAUAGGUACCUGAUCAACCAGCUGCUGAACAGUAUUUCCUGUGUUGACUACCUGGAGUGUGACCUGGGACAGACAGAGUUCACCCCUCCUGGUUGCGUUUCGUUACUUAAUAUCACAGAACCCGUCCUAGGGCCGCCCUUCACCCAUCAGAGGAGGCCGCAGAAGAUGGUGUAUUACGGGAUGCCUACCUGUAAGGACAGCUGCGAGAGUUACAUUGAAAUAGUAAAAUACGUGUUCAGUUCCUACAAGAGGGAGGCCCCUCUGAUCGUCAACACCAUGGGCUGGGUGACAGACAGCGGGCUCCUGCUGCUCAUCGACUUGAUCCGCUUGCUGGCCCCCAGCCACGUGGUGCAGUUCAGUUCUUCCCAGAGCAAGUGCAUGCCUGCUCUCACCCCGGAGUACGUGGAAAGCGUGGACGGUCUCUACACCAAAAGCAAGUCCAAGGUGCGAAACCAGAGCUUCGAACUCCCGGAAUUCGCAGAGAGCUUGGAGCUGUCCGACGAGGACAAGGAGUACCCGCUCAUCUUGAUGGGACAUAAGCUGCUAAACGUGCAGUCGGAGUUCUGCUUCCGAAAGACGGACAGGAACAGAGAAUCACAUAACCGGAUUCUCCGUGACCUGGCGGUGCUGGGAUACCUGGGCCAGCUGCUGCCCCCCACGCCGGAAGUGCUGCCUUUGCACAGUCUGAUUCCGUAUGAGGUCCCCUUCAAUGCAGUGGCCCUCCGGGUCACCCACUCCGAUGUCGCCCCCACCCACAUCAUGUACGCCCUGAACGCCAGCUGGGUUGGCCUCUGCAGGAUUCUUGAUGACGUCACUGGGUACUCAGAAGGGCCCGUCCUGUUGGCACAGACUCCCAUCUGUGACUGCUUGGGCUUCGGCAUCUGCAGGGGCAUCGACAUGGAGAAGCAGCGCUACCACAUCCUCACGCCCAUGCCCCCCGAGGAGCUGAGGACGGUCAACUGUCUGCUCGUGGGAGCCGUGUCCGUUCCACAUAGCGUCUUCAAGAGCCAGCAUGGGCUCGAGGGCACGAUUCCCUAUGUCACAACGGACUACAAUAUGAAGCUUCCUGGAGCGUCAGAAAAAAUGGGGAUAAGAGAAGGACAAGACAUUACCGAACUGAGCAUGCUCCGGCGACCCAGGCUCCGGCAGAAAAGCCAGCCUGUCCCGGAGACUGGCUGAGGGGCACCGUCUCAGCUGGACUGCUGCGGCACGAGGCACGUGGAGUUUUCUGUGUCAUCUGGGAAUGUCGUGUUGUAAAUAGCUCUUAGUUUCCCUCUUAGAGCUGCGUGGUCUCCCACGUGGCUCAUGGCUCUCUGGCGAGUUUUCUAACACAGGUGAAAGUACACCGUGAAGAUGGGUGGGUCACACUCGAUUCCUCAGAAAGUCCCGGACCGGCUCAGGAUGUGAACCUGGGCCUAAGGCCAGGAAGGCGAGCCGGCAGGGGAGACGGGACUGCAGAGCCUCGGGCAGGGCGGACCCUCCUGCUGCCUGGACACUCCGGGUUGCUGUGUGCUGGGGAAACAGCUGGCAGUUAACAAAUCCUCUCCUGGAGCUUGCCUUUUAAAGCCGGACGUGCCCUGAGUCUCGGCCUCAGUGGAGACAGGUGGGAGAGGCCUGGCUACCCAGGCAGGACUGGCCAGCUGGCCCACUGCAGAGCCCUGUGGGUUCCACAGCUGAACCUGUGCCUCGUGGGGCACCGGAGGCUUCAUCUGCUCUUCCCAUUCUCCCAGGGUCACGGUCGCUGGAAGUGCUUUUGUCAGCAGCUGAUCCGCGUCUGUGUUGGGGGCAGUGGGCAGUCACUGAGGACGGUUCCUGACUGACUUUGGGACUGCCGCUUCUCGUGGCCUUGCACUUUGAUGCUCGUUUAUACUGUGGAUGGUGGUUGUUCCCAGAGCUCUGUGGUGGCCCUGGGGAUGCAGAGCUGAGCGGAGCGGUCUGGGCACUGCCAUUCCUUCUGUGACGCCAAGGCCGUUGGAAGCCUGGGAGCCUCAUGACCGACUGUUUCAAGUCGCCCCUUCCCCAGUGCCAGUAACACCUGCUACAGGCCCCUGAGAGCAGGUCACUGUGAAGAUGAAGGUGGUGCCAUGCGGUUUGCAUUUCUAUUAAAUCUAAGUUUGCUUUUAGACAUAAAUGUCAUCUUCCUUAGUCCCCGCCAGUGAAGAAGAGAAAGACAUGACCAGCCAUCGUCAGGCAGCUGCACUGGGGACCCCGGAGACCUGGCCGGUGGACCUGCCGCGGUCUGGACGACACUCAGAUGAGCCUGGGCUUUCUGGCAGUUCCGGUCAGCUGUGGCUCUGAUGGUGAAAGGAGUUGUACCCUGUCUGUAUUCUGUACAUGAUGAAGUUUUAGAAAUUGCCAGGCAGUGUAACCAGUGCAGCCGCAGGCUCUGCUGUGAGCGCGGCCCCAUGGAAGCUUUAACCUUGGAACGAUGGACGCCUCAGCCUGCUUCCUGUCUUGGGGUUCCUGGGUGACCACAAAGUCUUGUGCACCCCAGUGAGAGAGGCUCGGUUCAUGGGAAAUGGUCCGUGACUCCUGGCGGGGCCUGACGGGAAGCCAGGCAUUGGGCUUCUGGUACACACUGAUGCCUCAGGCCAUGACCCCGUCCGCCCUAGCCAGAACCUGCUCCUGGGGGUUUUACAUAAACUCUCCUUAUACCCUGAGAGUGAGCACUGAACGUGUGAGUGUGUGCCUGUGCCUGGCAUCCUGGCCGGCGUUGCGUGAGCCUGAGCAUCUGUCAGGAGGAAGUCUUUGAGAACAUGAAUUCAUCCUGCAGCUUGGCCGUGCUAGGCCUUUGUGUCCAGGAGUCUCACUGCUGUGGACAGUGACGUCCAGACACACAGGGGGCUGGCUCCAUGCCUAAGGCUCAUCUGCCGCCAAGCACCAGCAUCCCGUACGGUUGCUGGUUCGUGUCCCAACCGCCCUGCCUAGAGCCUGGAAAGCAGGAGAGGGUGGUCCAGCCUCGGGAAGCUCCCGGAUCCUGAUCGGCUCCGCUCUGGCCAUUGUGGCCAUUGUUGGGGAGUGGACCAACAGAUUCAAGAUUUUCUGCACCUCUCUAUACAUCUCUCUGCCUUUCCAAUAAAAUUAAAUCUUGGUAGGACGGGGGAACACGAAUGAUAAAGAACAUUAAGGGGCCUGUCCCGUGGUGCCGUGGGUUAAGCCACCACUUGUAUCCCCAGCAACCCAGUGCUUGAAGCACACUGCCUCCACUUCCCUCUUUGCUCAGGCACCUGGGAAGGUAGCAGAGGAUGCCCAGAACUGGGAGCCCUGCCACCCCUGUGGGAGACCAAGGUGGAGUUCCUGUCCCGGCUCUGUCGACUGCAGCUGUUGUGGGAGUGAGCAACAGACGGAAGCACUUCUUCCGAGUGGGUUGCUCUGUCUUCCAAAAAACAUUUUUUUGUGAUUGAUUGAUUUAUUUAUUUUUAAUUACAU